ACUAAUGAUUAAAUGUAAGGUUACUAAUCAUCUAAUCAACAAUUUCAUUUAAUUUUUGUAUUCUAUGAUUUCCGAUUGCAAUAUGAUAUUGAUACAAACUUGAACGAAAAAUCAGCGUAUUCCCCUGGGAGCUUACGAUGAGAUCAUUUUAAUAAAAUAUUAAAAUAUAUGAGUAUAAUUGCUUGAAAAUGGGUUCGGAAAGCGACGAUCUUCAAAUUGAAGAUUCCGAUGAAUCUUUACUGGAUCUGAAAGAGAUCAACGAUCUAGAAUUCGAUAUCCCCCAAGUUGCUCCCCCAUCCCUUGAAAGCGUCUUGUGGGACAUGGAAUCGGAAGCAAGUGAUAAUGCUUCCUUGCAUUCAUUCCAGAGUAUGACGAGUAAAUUCCGUUCUAUGCUAUAUCACUGUAUUUUGAAAGGUGUUUCAUCUCAGAUCAGCUCAGCAGGGGAGAGAGUGAAUGCUGGGUUACCAACAGCUGUAACAAACAGCAUAAAAUAUAUUGCUGUUGGGACAUCCCAUGGAUAUAUUCUAGCCUUUGACUGUGAGCAGAACUUAUGCUGGUGCUGUCAUGAUAUCACAACUUCUGAUCAAGGUGCUGUUUCAGCUUUGUCUUUCAAUUUGGAAUCCACAAGACUUCUUGUAGGCUACGAACGGGGUUACAUUUCAAUGGUUGAUGCCUCCUCUGGCGACGUGUUGAGGAGACUUCCAGACGCGCACGCUCCUCAGACUGCUGUGCUCUAUUUGAGGUUCACAUUUUUGAGUAAUCUUGCACUUUGCGGAGAUUCCUCGGGUUGCGUGUUCUCUCUGUCAUUCAAUAGAAGACUAGGCGUUCGAUCCUGGGAUUCCAAAUGUCUCUUUUCCGGGGCUCGGGGCGAAGUUUGUGUUUUCGAGCCGCUUGUGAGGGGACAUGACAUAAAUUUUCUCAGUCGCAACGUUCUAGUAGCGAUGGCGACGUUAUCCAAGAUAUUUCUAGGCGAAAGGGCUUGCUAUAAUAGUCUGUCGAGUCGCGGUGACCAGCUCCUCAUCUUGGGUACUAAAGCUGUCCACAUGGUCAAAUUGCGAACAUGGCCAGAACGACUGAUGUAUCUCAGUGACCAAGGUAGAUGGGCCGAAGCCCUCAAUCUGGCAGCUGAAGAAGGAACCAGCAAGGAAAGGUUCACGUUAAUAUUGCUGAACAGGUAUUUAGAGAAUCUGAAUCAGAACACAGUCGACAAAGACAGUCUUACAGCUGCCAUUAACUGCUGUGUGAAAUUAGGUAAAAUUGAUAUUCUAUGUAACGAGUUAUUAGAAGCCAUAACGACUGAUGAAAACAAUCAAGACUGGUACUAUACAUUAUUGACAGACCACAUUUGUACGGGGACUCUGUCCGAACUGAGGCCUUCCGUGGCUCAAACUUUGGUAAAGUAUUUAGAAGAGAAAGACCCCUACUCGCUGGAGAAAGUCUUGCUAUCACUAGACAUAGCCUGUCUGGAUCUGCACCAGGUCCUGAAAAUAUGCAAGGCUAAGAAAUUGUACAACGCUUGGAUACAUAUAACUACGAAAACUCUGAAGGAUUUUACCAGCCCUUUGGCAGAAUUCGUGGGUGAAUUAACUCCAGACAAUCACAAACUAGGAAACAUAAUGUUGGUGUAUGUAUCUUCCUGUCUAGCCGGUCUGGGCUAUCCUACUGGAAACAUACCCGAAGAAGACAUUCCGAGAGUGAAGCACGACGUAUUAAGGUGUUUAGAAACGGUUCAUUCAAUUAAUUGCCGACCAGAUGAACCGACAUAUCCCUAUUUGAGAGCUCUUCUUAAAUAUAACAUUAGGGAAUGUUUGAAUGUAGUAGAGCUGGCAUUUACCGAAGCGGAGUUUGCUGGCGAGAUGGGUCUUUUGCAAAGGCAAAGACUUGUGCAGAUUCUGCUUCAAAUUGUAACCUCUGAAGAAUUUUCGGAGAGCCACGUAAUCAACUUGGCAUGUUUCAUAUUGAGACUAGUCAUAUCAAAAAAACUCAAUAUUGAUCAGCAAAUGAUGAACAUAAUUAUCGAAUCGUUGACACAAGUGGGGAAUUCGCUGAGCUUGAGGGACCGCACAGAGCGAGAACAAGCCUGGCUAGACUUGCUGCAUGUGAACAAACUGAAUCAUCUGAAAGUCACCCAUCUGCUUGACUUGGCUCUGAGUUCAAAGUGCUACCGGGUCGCAGAAUAUCUGUAUGAAAUCCAGGGGGAUUACUCCAACAUCCUCAGUUGUUACCUAGAAGACCCAAUGCGCAGGGGCGAAGUGUUCAAUUACAUCAUAGGAUUCAUUGGUGUGAGAGAGAGGUGCAUCCAGCAACAGUUUUUAGUGCAUUUCAAGGAACUAGUGACAAUCAGCAGCGAACGUGUAGGGGAAAUAGUGACGGAAUACUUUCCGGACCUGAUCGAAGAGUUGUGCGUUAUGCUGGAGGACUCUUUUGACUUGCAGUACGCAUUUCUGCGACAGAUCGUUACGCACGAUAUCAAACUUCCUAGUCGCAUCGCGGAAAAGUAUCUGGAACAGUUGUGCAUCAAAGACAAAAGCGAAGUGUGUCCCUACUUGCAGGCAAGUUCGUGUCGCGUAGAAGAAGCUUUGGCAGUGACGAGAAAGUAUGAAGUUCAUGAAGCGACGGCUUUCCUAUUGGAACAGGACGGCGAGUGGAUGGAGUCUUUGCAGUUGCUUCUGAGUUGUUCUAUGGUUGAGAAGGCGGUGUCAUUGUGUGUUCGAGGGGCUGAGCAUUUGGACUCUGAAGGUGCUCAGAAGCUCUGGUUGACCCUCCUCCAAAAUAAAAGGGACUCUCCUGGAAUAUCUCUGAGGCAGCUCUUGCACUCGGCAGCUCCGCAUGUACCACCAGCAGAACUUCUAGAAUUAGUUUCCAACGCCAGCUUUGGAGAUGUUAAAGGAUUACUGCAAGGAAUACUAAACGACUAUACCCACGACAUUCAAAUGUUGUCCACUACUUUCAAACUGUUGGGAAAAGACUUGCAUUAUGGUUUGGUGAAAUAUUUGUCCAAAAAUAGAAAAGGCAUCUCCGUUACCGAUCUCACCUGUAGUUUAUGUCUCAAACCCCUUCUGUUCAGGAAAGACCUGGAUAUGAAUCAAACGACAACAGUUUGGGGCUGCGGUCACAGUUUCCAUUCUUCUUGUGUCAAAGCUGCAGAAGUUGCUGAUACUUGUCCAAAAUGUCGAUUGAAAGGUGUCCUGUUACCCGAAGCAAAAAAACCCUUGGUUUGUCCUUAUGAUCCAUCAAGCGUUGGCGUACAAUGCAGGCCCGAUUUAGAAGGUCAUUUUUAAAACAGUCUAGUCCAAUUUUGAGAGAAAUAUAUUGAUUAAUUUAUAUAUUUGUUCAGAGCAUUUUAUGGAACCACAUAGAAUGUAAUAAUUUGUGAUAUUAUAUUUUUAUUAUUUAUACUGAAAUAUAUAUGUUGAAACUUU